CAACGCACUUUAGUAAGGCCUACGUCUCUAGAUCAGGUCUGACAGGAUUUCUGACAGGCUUCAGCGGGUUCACCGCCCUCUUCCAUGAAUUUGGGCUGUUUUGUUCUGUGCGUUUUGUUUUCAAUGUCAGUCAAUUCCGCGAAACACGGACAUUUCUUGUGAUCAGGAAUGAACUGGUCGGGAUUGCAGUCCCUUCUGAGCGGGGUCAAUCGAUAUUCGACCGUGUUUGGUCGAGUGUGGCUGUCUGUGGUGUUUGUGUUUCGUGUUCUGGUGUUUGUAGUGGCAGCUCAACGCGUUUGGGGCGACGAAAACUUAGUGUGCAACACCAGGCAACCCGGCUGUGCCAACGUCUGCACUGACACCACAUUCCCCAUCUCUCACAUCCAUCUGUGGGCCUUACAGCUCAUCUUCGUCACAUGUCCGUCGCUCAUGGUCAUAGCCCACGUCAAACUCAGAGAGGGAAAAAACAAGAAGCACACGGACGUCCACGAUGGAGAGCAAUUAUACGCCAACCCUGGAAAAAAGCGUGGUGGUCUAUGGUGGACUUACCUGCUGAGCUUGCUCAUUAAAGUCAUUGUCGAUGCUGCAUUUCUUUAUAUUGUUCAUUACUUGUAUGAAGGCUUUGAUCUUCCUCGUCUCAUCAAGUGCUCGGCGCAUCCUUGUCCAAACAUGGUGGACUGUUUCAUCUCUCGUCCCACAGAGAAGAAGAUCUUCAUUCUCUUUAUGGUGGUCUCCAGUGCGGUCUGCAUCUUCAUGUGCAUCUGUGAAAUGGUUUAUCUCAUUGGAAAGCGAGUAUCGAAUAACUUCAUGAUGGUAAAAGAACCGGCACAAAGAUCCAGAAAACGUGACCCUACUCUGUCAAGUAGCCAAUACUUUAUUUCGCAAAAAUUAAAAGAGAAAAAAAUAGACAAUACAGCUCUUUAAUGACAGACGCAUGUCCACAUAUGUUUACAAAACCCAUUCACUGCCAUACUGCCUGGCCUACUGGCAAUUUUACGAGAGUAAAUAUAAAAUAGGAUCAACGUAUUUAUUAUUUUUUUGUUUGUAACUUUUGAUUAAAGUGUCAAAUGUCCGGGAUGAGAGUGAGGUUUAGGGGUUGAGUGUAACAAAGUCCAGCUAGCGAAGUGCUAUGGAGGUAAACCUCACUCCAAUGACCUCUAAAGGUGCUCUAGCGACAGAUCCUAGAGGCCAUGGUCUUUAGCCUUCUUGUUAGAGUAACCGACUCCCAUGUGAAGAGUUACCGGUUCAAUCCCAGCUCAGAGCAGGUUGGGUGGUGUAGGACCAGUUACAUUGGUGCCGUGACCCAGAUGGGAGUGAGGUUUAGACGGCUGAGUGUAACAGAGGCCAGCUAGCGUAGUGCUAUGCAGGUAAACCUCACUACUCUGACCUCUAUAGGUGCUCUAGCGACAGACGCUAGAGGCCAUGGUCUUUAGCCUCCUUGUUAGAGCAACCGAAUUCGAACUACCGGUUCGAUCCCAGCUCAGAACGUGAGGGGUGCAGUAGGACCGGUGGUUACAUAUCUAAGCAAAAAAAGUUUUUUAUAGUUUUGUUUUUAUGUAUG